UUCGAACACUAUUGAGGCGAGAUGUAAUUUUGGACCCAGCUCGAUCGGCUUAAUUGAUGCCUUCGGUCGAACAGGUUGUGUACCCUAAUAAUUAUGGCUCGAGCGGUGGCGGCCGAGCCCGCAGAUAAAAAGUAAUGUCGGGUACAGAGGCAGACCGAGUCGGCCGGCUUGGAGGAGGAGAUGAAGACGAGAGCAAAGAGCGCCGAAGCCACCGCGACGGCGAUGAAGCCCAAAGUUGCCCCUACCAAGAAGAAAUCCAGGAAGAAGCCGUCGGCCUCCUCCUCUGCCAAGGACGAUCACCGCGACAAGCCCAAGAAGCCUCCCACUGCUUUUUUCUACUACCUGGAAGAUUUUCGGAAGACUUACCAACAAGAAAAUCCAAAUGUCAAAUCCAUGCGGGAUAUUGGUAAGGCAUGUGGGGAGAAGUGGAAAACAAUGUCAUUUGAGGAAAAGGUUGCCUACUAUGACAUAGCUACAGAAAAACGAGCUGAGUUUGAGAAGGCCAUGGCAGCAUAUAUCAAGAGAAAGGAAAGCGGUGAGAUUUCCGAGGAAUCUGAUGACUAUGAGUAAGUGGGAUGAAACCCGGAGAUGGAUUAGAUGAAAAUUCAUUGCUUGUAAAUUAUAUUUGUCUGUUCUAUUAGAAUUGGAAGCUUGAGCUGCUGUCUCCGAUGUUUUUUCACCCUUGAAUAAGUGUAUAUCCGUACCUCAACUCUUGCCAUCUGUUCUUGAUUUGAACAAUUUCAAAUGCACCGGUUUGCAUUGCACAAACAUAUGUUCUCAUGUGUUAUUCAAGUUGUAAGAAUUAAUGUC